CGUCAUCACACCGCGACUGGAGCGCGCUACGUCAUCAAGCGGCGACGUACUUUUUCAUUUUGUAAACAUUCGUGAACUGGAGACUCAUGGAUAAUCUUGUGAAGGUGCAUGGAAGUGGCGGCUAUGACUCAGACUUCAGUGAUGAGGAUGUGCAGGGGGAGUCCUCAGAGAGAGGCCUCAAAAGGAAACGCGAGGAAGAAAUCUUACAGAAGCCAUUCCAGAAAGGUCGGCACUCCCAGAAGGCUCACCGGAGUUUUCACUCAAAUGAACUGGACAGAGAGGAGGCCAGGAACAGAAGGGCCCACCUGAUAUCAUUGAAUGCUUUUGAGCGACAUAAGAAGUUUGUCGGUGACUACAUACUUUAUUAUGGAGGACACUUGGCCGACUUCAACCGCUCUGCAGCCAAAGACAAAACAGACCUGGACGUGCUGCGUGAGAAUCAUCGCUUCCUCUGGAGGGACGAGGACGAGGAGGACAUGACAUGGGAAAAAGAUCUUGCCAAGAGGUAUUACGACAAGCUGUUCAAAGAGUACUGCAUAGCUGACCUCAGCAGAUACAAGGAAAACAAGUUUGGCUUCCGUUGGCGGACUGAGGAUGAAGUGGUCUCUGGCAAAGGUCAGUUCCAGUGUGGGAAUAAACGCUGCGAGAAGCAGGAAGGCCUUAAAAGCUGGGAGGUGAAUUUUGCCUACGUGGAACACGGCGAGAAGAAAAAUGCAUUGGUCAAACUCCGAUUAUGUCCUGAAUGCUCUUUCAAACUCAAUUACCACCACAAGAGGAAGGAGGUGAAAGCAAAGACUAAAAGGGUAUCUGAGGAGAACCAGGAGCCACCACAGAAGAAGAAGAAGAAGGAGAAGAAGAGGAAGAGAUCGUCUUCACACUCCAAAAAGCACAAACACAAGAGACGCAGAAAUCGCUCCGCCUCUUCCAGCAGCUCAGAGGAGUUGAAGGACUCGGACAAAGACUCUGAAGCUGAGGGUGAACCAGAGGGCCAAUCAGAAGGCGACCACUGGCGGGGACCAGCCCCUGCAAUGGAGGAGAAGUCAAGGGAGGAGGAGUUUGAUGAGUACUUCCAAGACAUGUUCCUUUGACUCUGCUGGUAUCAGCGGGAACCCUGCUGUGACUACACUUCCUCCUGCGUGCCACCGACAUUAAGCAUGUUUUGUAUCCAGUCUUGUGUACUUGUCGUUUUUUGUGUUUUUUAAUUAUAUUUUGAGGACUGCUGCAGAAAUAAACAUGAUGUUUACCCUGCACCCUGUCUUUGAUCUAC